GCCACCACCAUCCGUGCCGCAAAGCAGCGGAAAGAAAGAUGGCGGAAGCAGCCAAAGCAAGGUCUCAAUGUGUGCCGAAAACCAAAAAUGUUUUGAGGAGUUUGUGGAUUACUGCUCCAAGCUGACCGUCGAACAUCCCGAGGUCAUCGCCUUCCUCCAAAGCCGUUUCUCCAAAGCCAACCCUACUUACCUUUCUUCUGUGGAGUUCCGCAACACCUUGGGCCGUUGUCUGACCCGGGUGCAGGGCAAGCAAACGAAGGUCUAUGUUUACAUCAAUGAACUGUGCACCGUGCUCAAGAAUAAUUCCGAGAAGAAGAAAGUCAACCUGCAAGUCGCCGUCGCUGCAGCAGGUCCUCAGGCCGACAAGGUAGAAACGGAACAACCUGCGGAAGAUGCAGAGGAGGAGGUACCGGAGAGGAAAGCGGGUUCCAAGCAUCAGAUCCGGCGCCUGGAGAACCUCCUGCGACUUUACUCUCAGGAGAUCCAGAAGCUACAGGAGAAGGAGCUGAGCAUAGAAGACAUGGAUGACGAGGACUCGACAUACAUCCAGGAAUCGAGGCUGAAGCAGAAGAUGCUGCGUAUAUUCGAGAAGCUGUGCGAGCUGAAGACCUGCUCCAGCCUCACGGGCCGGGUGAUAGAGCAACGGAUACGGUACCAGGGCACCCGGUACAAAGAGGUCAAUCGGCGCCUGGAGAAGUUCAUCAAUAAAACCAGAGAUAUCUUCCCAGAUUACAAUGAUGUCCUUCAAGAGGUCCAGAAAGCCAGUGACAGGCAUAACUUGGACCUGACGCGCAAGCAGGUGCGGAGCAUAGCACAGGACGCUUUUCGGGAUCUUGGCAACAAGCUGCAACACCGGAGACAUUUGGACAUGGUGUAUAACUUUGGUUGUCACCUGACAGAUUCUUACAAGAGUGGUCUUGACCCUGCUGAACAAGACUCCUCCCUGGCUCGACGUCUGCGCGAAAAUCGUAGCUUGGCCGAGAAUCAGCUGGAAGAUGUCAUCAAGAAGUAUGCAGAACUGCAGGAUGAAGGGGAAGAUGAGGACUGGAAGAACAAGAACCAAGACAAUGAAUUGCCGAGUACUUCCAAGGAUGUGAAGUUGCAGGAUUCUCCGAGAAGCAGAAAAUCGCAAUCCGAGGAAGAUGAAGAGGAUGAAGAGUCGGAGGAAUCAGAUGUGGAUAUAGAGGAAGAACUGAGGCAGAGUCAGGAGGUGGCCGACGGUGAAGAAGAUGAAGAGGUGCCCGUUGACUACUUGAAUGAAACCGACCAAAAGAUGGAGGGGGCAUCCAGUCCCAUGAACUCUUCUCCUGCUGGUAAGGAGGAUGAGGAGGAGGAGAGCGACAAUAGUGAUCAGACCGGAGAUGACGUUAUAGAGGAGGGUACAGAUAAAGAUGAAGACCAGGAGUUAUCUUCCGGUAUUACUUCUCUCUCACCGGAGAAGGAAGAUCUGAACGCAAGUUUAGAGUUGGAGGCGGAUGCAGCUGAUCCUGCCUCUUCUGGUCAUAGUAAUGAUGGUCAACUGGCCAACAAUUCCCAAGAGGACCACGCUGAGCCAGAGAAGGACACUUUAACCUCACCUGCGCCUUCUGAUGAGUCAGAUUCUGGAAAUCACACUAUGGAGCAAUUAGAGAUGAGUGUCGUUGAAGAGGAUUUUAUUGGGGGCUAUAACACCGAGGUGGAAAAUGUGCCUUAUGUGGAGGCAAAAGUGUCUUCCAGCAAGGAGCAGGGUACUAGCAAGCAUACAGACACAACAGAUGAUUUGGUCAAGGAUCCCAAGAGCCUGACGGGAAAGUGGAAAGAUGGAAAGACCAGCCGUUUGGACAAAUGCAUCAGCAAAAUUACUGGCAGUCUUGCUGACAAGGUCCCUAUAAAAAGUCAGGCGGCACCAUCUUUGGCCAGUGGGAGACAACGUUUCAGGCAUCACAGAAAGCCUAGUUUAGGGGGCUCAUCAAGGACUCAGGAGCAGAGCAGUAACUUGAAGCUGGUCUGUGUCAAUACUCCGACUCAGAGCUGGGACUCUGUACGCAAGGUUGCGUUCAGCCACGGUCAGUCUGCGGAUGAGAAAUCGGACGUGGUGCACUUGGAUAGUUGCAAAAACAGCACACGUGGCGAUGCCAGCAACGGCGUUCACAGGGCCAUGGUUAUGUCGGCCACUCCUGUGAAUCGCCUGAAACGGAAAAGAGACACGAACUCUUCUACAGACUCUCUAUGCACUGUAAGAGUCGAGGAACUUGGUGCCCACAGGAGGAAAAGAAAGCCUUCCCCACAGAUAUGGACUGGGAACGGAGUGACAAGGUACAACGGGGCAGAAAACGGCAAGCAGCAGAAACUGAAGAUUUCAAACCUCAGCAGGUGA